CUAGAGUGCUUCUUUAGGUAAUAUUGUAUAGAUAUCGUCUGCUUCUAUCUUCACUGUAAUAUGAAUAUUUUCGUCAUUAUCGUGUUUCCAGAUAACAGAUGUAACUGUUGAGAAAAAAAGAGAGUAAAGUACGCGAUUCAAGUAGGCCUAGUAUUUUACAUUCUUCAGAGUUGACAAAGUAUUUCAAGACUGUAACGGGACAUUUCAUCUGUUGAUGGUGUACACUAUAAUAAUUAUGAAGAUGAAACAGGACAGUAGGUGACUGACGAAGACAACGUUUUCUGCAUCUUAGUCCAGUUGUUGGUCCUUCGAACUAAAGGGGGCGUUCUAACACGCGUACCGACUGUGAUGCGACUCCUCAAGAAGCGAUCCCCCUCCCCUCCUCAGCUGAUACGAUUGGCCGCUUUACCCGGAGAAGACGCCACUCGUGGAACGUUCGACACGCUGGGUAAGAAAAUGCCCAGCAUUCCGAGUCUAACAGAACUAGAAGACAGACGUGAGGUCAUGCCAGGGCUUGGAACGUCAACCAGGCCAAUGAGAGGCUUCCCGUUUCUACGUCCCGGCAGGAAACAUUCAACUCCUCUUAAGUAUGCCGUGUCAGUAGAGCCCACCAACACAUUAGCCCAAGACGUCUUUCAAAACUCGUCAAGGCCAACUUAUUUGAGAACAGCGUUUUCCCAGAUAUCCCUGGAUCACUGUCCUGCACAAUGGACACGGACGGUGCUGAACUCUGACCCCGGCAGGAAGAUAGCCAGUGCAAGUAUUAACAGCGAGCGUGAGUCAGAACGCAGGGUGGGACUAGAUAGCUCCGCACAUGCGCUAAUGAACACAGUGUUGAGCGAUGAGAGUAGAGCAGAGACAAACAAAGGUGUCAUGUACCGUAGUGUUUCGACAUCAGCCUUACUAGACGUCGAAUCGAAGCUUGUUCAGCUAGAUGACGGUGAUGAGUUUGGAUCUACAGAAUGCUUGUCAAAUUCCCUGGGAACCAGAAGUUCUUAUUUUCCAACCAAAACUGUCAGCUGCGAUGAUUUAGUUGACCAACUCAACCCACUAGAUGGCACUGCUAAUCAACUGACUAAGGCGAAAUCACAGUUGGGAACAGUGUUUGAAGAAGACGUUUAUCUCGAAAGAUUAUCGCGACAAACCGAAGAAUUUGAAACUUGCCAACAAAAUAAUGAGCUGUCUGUAGCCGAGGAUACUGCUAGCUUAGCAAGCUCAGUGCAGCACCGAUCAGACGAAUCAGGAUACGAAAGUGAUGGCACGAAGAACGGAAAUGACGACUCUUCAACUUCCGAGGAAAAACGACAUAUUUUUUUAAAUAUUGACACAGAAUUGUCACUCAUGCCUACAAGUAGUUCACUGGAUAUGUUCACCGAGUCCUCUAAAGAAAACUGUACGUCUUCAGCUCGUAGGACCUCUGACGGCAGUCUUCAAGGGUUUGGCGCAAUUCUUCAGAAACUUAAAACUCAAAGCUCUGGUCCUUUGAUCGUUAAGAGAACUGCGUCCAAUGCGAGUCAAAGUAAAUAUCACAGCUCCAGUGAUAGUCGGACGCUGUCCAAGUCUUAUGGAGACACCAAGAGUUUAAGGCUACGAACACCAGCCAUUUUGUCUCAGUUGGUUCUAAAAAGUAAAGAAAACACCAGCGCCGAGAAAGCUGGAAGUUCUGCGGGUGUUUUAACAAAAUACACGGGAACAAACACAAAAAACGAUACUUCUCGUCUUGAACAGUUUAAAGCUUGGACGUUGGAUCGUAAGUUGCUGAGAAACAAAUGGAAAAAAAACCAUCACUCGGACAACUUCCAAAAGCUCCAAAGCCUCUCUCCCAAACGAUCUAGUUUAUUCGAAUCUACCUUAUUCCUGGACCCAGUCCGAGAAGCUAGUGCUACCACAAUCUCGCCAAAUACAUCUCAAAAUUCUUCAGAAUUAACAAGGACUGAAAAUGAAGUGGAUGAUAAAAACAAAACGCGUUUGUGUGGUGAUCUUAACUAUCAAUUAAGACUGAAAAAGGCUGGCCACAAGAUAGCUUCAACCUCUAAUGACAGUAGAAGACAAUGGAUACAAUCACAACUUUGUACCCAGCCAAAAUCAGGGGAUUUAAUAGUGUCUAAAGGAUCGCUAUUGAAUUGGGGGAAGGAUCUCGUAAAAGAACCCACUUCUUCAGAAAUCACGAACUCCGGUCUUUAUAAGACUGAUAAUCAAUCUAGUGUUACAGUACUUCUGGGACCCGAACAUCCUAACAACCAGGAUUACAACUACGUUAAGGUCCCAGAAAAUCUCACCAAUGAGAAGGUUUUUAGUGUUACUUUAGAAAAAGACAAUCAGGGAGAGCUUGGAAUCUACAUUAGUGGAAGACAGGAAGGCGGGAGAAGUGUUGUAGGAUACGUGAUAGCAGCACUAGAAGGAAGUGGACCAGCGGACAGGAGUGGUUUGCUACAGAAAGGAGAUGAAUUGUUAAUGAUUAAUGGCAAGCAGCUUCAGGGAGUCGAAUUAGAAGAAGCCCAACAUCUUUUACGUACGUUCGAUACCACUGUGACUCUAAUUGUAUCAAGAAAGCUUUUGAGCAAUUUAGUUUGUCGUGCCUUUAUCACUCCAGAUGAAAACUUCUUCAUCACUCCAGAUGAAAAGAAUCUUAUAUUUUAG